AUGAGCGAGCAGGGAGGUAAAGGUGAGGGGGGCGGGGCCACCUACAGAACACUAGACCACCAGCCCUCCAGUCCUACAGGAACCAGCCACCAGCCCUCCAGUCUUCCAGGAGCCAGCCACCAGCCCUCCAACCCUGCAGGGACCAGCCACCAGCCCUACAGGAACCAGCCACCAGCCCUCCAGUCCUACAGGAACCAGCCACCAGCCCUCCAGUCUUCCAGGAGCCAGCCACCAGCCCUCCAGUCCUACAGGAACCAGCCACCAACCCUCCAGGAGCCAGCCACCUGCCCUCCAACCCUGCAGGGACCAGCCACCAGCCCUACAGGAACCAGCCACCAGCCCUCCAGUCCUAAAGGGAACCAGCCACCAACCCUCCAGUCUUCCAGGAGCCAGCCACCAGCCCUCCAACCCUGCAGGGACCAGCCACCAGCCCUCCAGUCCUACAGGAACCAGCCACCAGCCCUCCAACCCUGCAGGGACCAGCCACCAGCCCUCCAGUCCUACAGGAACCAGCCACCAACCCUCCAGGAGCCAGCCACCAGCCCUCCAACCCUGCAGGGACCAGCCACCAGCCCUCCAACCCUGCAGGGACCAGCCACCAGCCCUACAGGAACCAGCCACCAGCCCUCCAGUCCUACAGGAACCAGCCACCAGCCCUCCAACCCUGCAGGGACCAGCCACCAGCCCUCCAGUCCUACAGGAACCAGCCACCAACCCUCCAGGAGCCAGCCACCUGCCCUCCAACCCUGCAGGAACCAGCCACUAACCCUCCAGGAGCCAGCCACCUGCCCUCCAACCCUCCAGGAGCCAGCCACCUGCCCUCCAACCCUGCAGGAACCAGCCACUAACCCUCCAGGAGCCAGCCACCUGCCCUCCAACCCUCCAGGAGCCAGCCACCUGCCCUCCAACCCUGCAGGGACCAGCCACCAGCCCUACAGGAACCAGCCACCAGCCCUCCAGUCCUCCAGGAACCAGCCAUCAGCCCUCCAGUCCUCCAGGAACCAGCCACCAGCCCUCCAGUCCUACAGGAACCAGCCACCAGCCCUCCAGUCUGGCAGGAACCAGCCACCAGCCGUCCAGUCCUACAGCAACCAGCCCUCCAGUCCUACAGGAACCCGCCACCAGCCCUCCAGUCCUACAGGAACCAGCCACCAGCCCUCCAGUCUGGCAGGAACAAGCCACCAGCCCUCCAGUCUGGCAGGAGCCAGCCACCAGCCCUACAGGAACCAGCCACCAGCCACCAGUCCUACAGGAACCAGCCACCAGCCCUCCUGUCUUGCAGGAACCAGCCACCAGCCCUCAUGUCUUGCAGGAACCAGCCACCAGCCCUCCUGUCUUGCAGGAACCAGCCACCAGCCCUCAUGUCUUGCAGGAACCAGCCACCAGCCCUCAUGUCUUGCAGGAACCAGCCACCAGCCCUCCUGUCUUGCAGGAACCAGCCACCAGCCCUCCAGCCCUGAAGGAGCCAGCCACCAGCCCUGCAGUCCUCCAGGAACCAGCCCUCCCGGAACCAGCCCUCCAGGAAUCAGCCAUCAGCCCUGCAGUCCUGCAGGAGUCAGCCAUCAGCCCUCCAGCCCUGAAGGAACCAGCCACCAGCCCUCCAGGAACCAGCCACCAGCCCUCCAGACCAGCAGGUGUCUCCAGUGUACCACGG